UUAGACAUUUGUGGGCGUGGUCACGUUGUCCCAGCAACCAAUAAAUAAAGAUGGCGCUGAAGGCAAAGAUUCUUGUUGGCGGACCACAAGAGUCAGGUAAAACCUACGUCUCUAACGUAUUAGCUGAUGCGACAGAGAGUCUGGGAGGCGAAUACCAACCAACAAAGGGAGUGAGAUUGUUAGAGUUUGAAGUGGAUGGAGAGAGAGGGAGAGGAGAAGGACUGGUGAGAGUUGGAGUGGAGCUCUGGGACGCUGGAGGUGGGAAGGAGUACGAGACAUGCUGGCCUGCGUUUGCUAAAGAAACAAAAGGCUUAGUCCUAGUCUACAACCCAGCAGUAUCAGAACAAAGCAAAGUAGUUGAGAAAUGGUACAAGUAUUUCGUGAAACAGUACGGGCUGAGAGACAGUCAAUGCAUGUUACUAGCUAUUCAUAAAUCAGACAGUCGGCCUGCACAAGAUUGGACAGUACCUCCUGCUCUACAGAGUGUGAGGUGCACUCAUUUUGCCAUUGAUGACAAUCCUGAUGCUAUCAAGAAAACAUUUACCGAUUUCAUAAUGGAGCUACUGAAUAUCAUACAAGAGAAGCAGGAGAAAGAAGAGCAGGGGAUAGUAGGAAAGAGAAAGAACUAGUAAUCAUUUAAACAUUAUUUUUAUGAACCUCUUUCUACAAAAAACUCUUCCGAUUCUACUUAAUCAAUAAUACUCUUGACAUUACAAGGCAUGAAUUUAUUAGAAAAAAAAUGAAAAGUGAAUUGUCAAGUGAUUAAAAAUGAUA